UGUUCUUCAAUGCCAAUCUCCUUUUGUCUUUGCUUUCAUGGUUGCUACUUUUCUUGAGUCAUUCAAGGGGUGAUCUGGUGCAAAGUUUUGAUUUUUCUUCAAGCCCGGCUAAAAGACUUUUCUUUUAUUCUGCUUUUCAUUUCCUCUUCCUGAUUCUCUCUCUACUCUCUCCCUCAUUUCUUCCUCUCUUGUUCAUUCUUCUGUUGCUCAAAUGGCUUUCAAUCAUAAUCAGGCCCAGCAGCACGAUGAAGAAGGCGUCGUUCCAGAAUACAGGCUCAGAGGAGCGGCACAACGUUGGUUAUGCGUCACACUUGUCCUUUUGAUAGCGUGCCAUAUUUUGCACAGUGUGAAUCAAUCCACCAUGUGUAUGGUCAAGGAAGAAGUAAGUGUAGGGAAACAUAAGGAGGUACUCACUAAUCUUCUAUGCCCUCUCAUGAACUUUAUAAAUCAACAUGUGAGCAUGUCCAAGCUCAAUCCCCUCAUUGGAUUCUUCAUAUUAUUCUGCAUCAUAUUGACUGUUGCUGUGAUGCUUGUGGUGGGUGUGAAAUUCAAUCGCACGCAUGCAGUUUUAACCCUCAUCUGGUUCAUUCUGAUUCUCCAAGGACCAUUUGGUGUAAUGUUUGGCAUCAACCUUGUACUAGCAUUAUUAGUGACAUGGUCGUCCCCAAAAAAAAGCAACAAAUGGGAGGGAAAAGCUGUAGCCAGAGAAAGAAUCCACGAGUUACAUGCUUGAGCUGUAUCUGCUAAAGCGAAGUUCUGUGGGUGAAAUGACAGAGUGCGUGAAUGAGGUGUUAUUACUUAAGUGAAUGCUAUGGUGUCUAAAGGAUGUUGUCUAUUUAUUAAAAAAGAUUAAAAAAUAAUAUUUAAUUUAAAAGAUAUAACAAUAAAUAAUUUUUAAAAAGUAAAUUAGACAAAAUUUAGAUACCAAUUCAUAAGCACCAUAGAAUUAGCCUAUUACUUAUUUCUGACCUCCAGACAAGUAGAAAGUUGUAUUGUAAUUGCAAUCCUGCCUAAACACUUUAUAUGUGUGAUUAGAAAUUUAUAAAUAUUUGUUUUCUUGUGA